UACAUCCACUAGAACUCACAUCUCUCAACAUGAUCUCUAACUGCCACUCUGAUAACUUGUCUACCUCCUUUAGGUGCUGCCUGCCUAUCGUGGGUUCCUCCUGCUCAAGCAACCUGAUCACCACAACCAGCGGCUCUCCCAGCACCUGCCAGCUGAGCUCCUCUUUCAACAGUGGCUGCCAGGAGACCUGCAUUGAGCCCACCAGCUGCCAGAGUUUCUGUGUGGUGCCCAGCCCCUGCCAGGUGCCCCGCGACUACCCCAGGAGCUCCACACCCUGCAGUCCUUGCCAGGGAACAUAUGCUGGAUCUCUGGGCUUUGGGUCCAGCAACUGCUUCUCCCAGGAUUAUGGAUCUAGAAGAUGCUACAUCAUGGGUUGUGGAUCCACUGUCUUUGAACCUCUGAAUUAUGGAGUCUCUGGCUUCCCUUUCCUGAGUUAUGGGUACAGAUUCUGCUACCCAAUCCACAUGGCUGAUAAUAUCUGCCAACCAUGUUAUAAACCAACCUGUGGUAAUAUUCUCUAGGGGUUCAACUGCUGAGCCCCUCUCUUCCUUCAUGCAAUAUAUAAGUAAAAGUCUGUAUGCCCUCCAAAAAUUGUUUCUUGCUUACCUCUUCUUGCUAUCUGUUAUUUCUUCCAUUAACUGUUUCUCUCAUUCUCAAUUACUGGGAGAUUUUGGAAUUUGUGGGUAACCUCCAAUUAUUCCUUUCUCUCUUUACUAUGGAAAAAUAAUGAUACAUGUAGUUUGGUUUUCAUCCAAGGGCAGUUGAAAACUCAAAAUUUUAAUCUAAUAAAUGUAUGCAUUCUGAAACCUCAA